CUGGCUCCUUGGCCUGGUUAUUGCAGAUAGCUGUGUGUGUGUAUGUGUAGUAGCUGCAGACCUGAGCCUGUCUCUAUUGCACAUUGACGGCAGGAUCCCGGGGAAAGGAGGUUUCAGCACCUACCUGCUGUCCAGCUGGUUCACAACGGCGACAAGAGCACCACCCCUGGUUGUAGGUAGUACUGCACCCGUCUUGGAAACAGACAAAGAUGUCUCAAGUGAAGCAAGUAGGUCUUUUGGCUGCUGGGUGUCAGCCAUGGAACAAAGAUGUCUGUGCAGCCAGUGGAGACAGAUUUGCAUAUUGUGCCACAUUAGCUAUUUAUGUGUACCAGCUGGAUCACCGAUACAAUGAAUUUAAGCUUCAAGCAAUCAUGUCGGAGCACAAAAAGACAAUCACAGCCAUCUCUUGGUGUCCUCACAAUCCGGACAUGUUUGCUAGUGCCAGCGCAGACAAUUUAGUGAUCAUCUGGAAUGUGGCUGAGCAGAAAGUGGUUGCCAGGCUUGACAGUACAAAAGGAAUGCCGGCUUCAUUGAGUUGGUGCUGGAACUCCGGGGAUGCAGUGGCUUUUGUAUCACACAGAGGUCCCCUCUACAUCUGGACAAUAUCUGGGCCUGAUAGUGGCGUGGCUGUUCACAAGGAGGCACAUAGUUUUCUCUCAGAUAUUUGCCUAUUUCGGUGGCAUCCAAGGAAAAAAGGAAAAGUUGUCUUUGGCCACACAGAUGGAAGCCUCUCUAUUUUUCAGCCAGGUUGCAAAAGUCAAAAACACGUCCUGAGACCUGAGUCGCUGGAGGGAACUGACGAGGAGGAUCCAGUGACAGCGUUAGAAUGGGACCCACUUUCCACAGACUACCUUCUUGUUGCCAAUUUGCAUAAUGGAAUCAGACUGGUAGACUCGGAGUCCUUAUCUUGCAUAACGACGUUCAGUUUCCCAAGUGCAGCAGCAUCUGUACAGUGCUUGGCCUGGGUUCCCACAGCUCCAGGCAUGUUUAUAACAGGAGAUUCCCAGGUUGGUGUAUUACGAGUAUGGAAUGUCUCUAAGACGACCCCUAUAGAUAAUUUCAAACUGAAGAAGACUGGCUUCCACGCGUUACACGUUCUCAACUCUCCUCCUAAGAAAAAAACAUUUUUAGCACAGUCCCCUACAAAAAACCAUUACAUAUCAUCUACCAGCGAGGCAGUACCUCCUCCAACGCUCACUCAGAACCAGGCCUUCUCGCUGCCUCCUGGUCAUGCCGUCUGCUGCUUCAUGGAUGGGGGAGUGGGCUUGUAUGAUAUGGGUGCCAAGAAGUGGGAUUUCCUAAGAGACUUGGGUCACAUUGAAACUAUCUUUGACUGCAAGUUCAAACCAGAUGACCCCAACUUAUUAGCCACGGCAUCAUUUGAUGGUACAAUAAAAGUCUGGGAUAUCAAUACACUAACUGCGGUCUACACUUCCCCAGGAAACGAGGGCGUUAUCUACUCACUGUCUUGGGCUCCUGGGGACCUGAAUUGCAUUGCUGGUGCAACAUCACGGAAUGGGGGCUUUAUCUGGGAUGUUAAGAAAGGGAAAAUGAUAACACGAUUCAAUGAGCAUGGCAAAAAUGGCAUUUUCUGUAUCUCUUGGAGUCAUAAAGAUUCUAAGCGUAUCGCCACCUGCAGUGGAGAUGGAUUCUGCAUCAUCCGAACAAUUGAUGGCAAAGUUUUGCACAAGUAUAAACACCCAGCCGCUGUGUUUGGAUGUGACUGGAGCCAAAACAACAAAGACAUGAUUGCAACAGGGUGCGAAGACAAAAACGUCAGAGUAUAUUAUUUAGCCACCAGCUCUGAUCAGCCGCUCAAGGUUUUCACUGGCCAUACAGCAAAGGUGUUUCAUGUACGAUGGUCCCCCCUUAGAGAAGGAAUUCUCUGUAGCGGUUCAGAUGAUGGGACUGUAAGGAUCUGGGAUUACACACAAGACGCUUGUAUAAAUGUUCUGAGUGGUCACUCAUCUCCAGUCCGAGGAUUGAUGUGGAAUACAGAAAUACCAUACCUACUAAUAUCUGGGAGCUGGGAUUACACUAUACGAGUGUGGGACACAAGGGACGGAACAUGUUUAGACACCGUAUAUGACCAUGGGGCAGAUGUGUAUGGUCUAACAUGUCAUCCUAAUCGACCAUUCACAAUGGCGUCUUGUUCCCGUGAUUCCACUGUGCGGCUCUGGUCACUAACACCGUUGAUUUCACCUCUUCAAAUAAAUAUCUUAGCAGACCGUCCUUGGGAAGAAAUUAUUGGCAACACUGACCGUGCCAUGGAGCCUGGAGCUCCGCCUUUAUUGUGUGGAAAAGUGUCACGGGAUAUUAAGCAAGAAGUGGACAAGCUGUCUGAUAAUCACAGAGGGAAAAAAUUAAGAUGGUUUUCAGAAUGUCUGUCUCCUCCAGGAGGCAGCAAAAACUUAUGGGACUUAGUCGCAGUGUUGAAAGGUCAAGAUGACAGUUUACUUCCACAAAACUACUGCAAAGGAAUUAUGCACAUGAAGCAUCUGGUUAGGUUUAAGACAUCUAAAGCCCAAGAGCUGACAACAGUGAAGAUGUCCAAGUUUGGUGGUGGCAUUGGUGCUCCAAGCAAAGAAGAACGGCUGAAGGAAGCUGCUGAAAUCCACCUGCGGUUAGGACAGAUCCAAAGAUACUGUGAGCUGUUAGUGGAACUCGGGGAGUGGGAUAAGGCAUUGUCUGUGGCUCCAGGUGUUUCUAUGAAAUACUGGAAAAAAUUAAUGCAAAGAAGAGCCAGUCAGCUGAUUGAGGAGGAAAAUGAUGAUGUCAUUCCCUACUGUAUAGCUACUGGGGAUGUGAGAAAACUUGUCAAUUUCUUUACUUCCAGAGGGCAACUUAAGGAGGCUUUACUUGUUGCACAGGCAGCUUGUGAAGGAAACAUACAGUCUGAUCAUGUCUCAGUCACCACUACAUCUCCAACUGAUGGCAACAACGUAGAUGAUUACAAUGAGCUUCUGAGUAGAGUCAGUACAGAGCUGGCAGAGUGGUAUUUCCAGGAUGGACGGGCUGUACUUGCCGCGUGCUGUCAUUUGGCCGUAGACAACAUUGAACUAGCCAUGGCCAACCUCAUCCGUGGCAAUGAGCUGGAACUGGCAGUAUGUGUGGGCACAGUGAUAGGAGAGAAUGCAGCACAAUCAACUCAAUAUGCACUAGAGCUGCUUGCAAGGAAAUGUAUGACUGUGACCACAUGCUUUCCAUCUCUUGGAUACAGGGACUUGGCAGCAGAUCUCCUCAGAAUGAUACCUAACAAUGACUUCUUCUUAGUCAAGCUGUGUGCGUUUUACCCAGGAUGCACUGCAGAGAUUAACGACCUGCACAACAAAUGUAACUUACCCUCUUUGGAAGAAUGCUCACAAACUGCGGAGAGUUGCCACGAAGACAGAGACAUCUUCCAAGCUGUCAAAUAUUAUUUGCUAAGCUCAGAACCUGAGAAGGCUCUUCCAAUUGGGAUCAACUUUGUAAAAGAACAAAUUAGCAGUGUUGACUGGACCUUGGAUUCUAUUUGUCCAAUCCUUGACCUCCUGAGUUACAUCAGAACGGAGCGAUUAGUGCUUCAUAAAUGUAGUGAAGUACGCAAUGAACUGCUGAUUCUGUGCGGAUACACUGGGGCUCUGCUUGCUAUCAGGAGACACUAUACAAGCAUUGUCUCUGCACUUUAUGAAUACACCAGUCAGCUUCUGAAACGUCGGGAAGUGUCCAUUCCCCUGCAGAUUGAGCAGCUCUCGGUGGAAUUAGAUGCAUGGAGAGCAUGUACACAAUCCACUAACAAGUCAGGUGAUGAUCUCCCAUACACACCGCCUACAGAACUGCAAAAAAAGAUUUAUUCAAAUAUAAUCCAAAAAAUAAAAGAAGAACCUCUUAAAGGAUUGAUUGGACCAGACUACGUCACGGGAUCUAAUCUUCCAAGUCACUCUGAUGUUCAUGUAUCUUGCUUAACAGGGUUAAGAAUACAGGGGCCUGUAUUCUUUCUAGAAGAUGGCAAGUCAGCUAUUUCUUUGAAUGACGCCUUAAUGUGGGCAAAGGUUAACCCAUUCUCGCCUUUAGGGACAGGAAUACGAUUGAACCCUUUCUAAAAAAUAAGAAUUUACUUACCGAUAAUUCUAUUUCUCGGAGUCCGUAGUGGAUGCUGGGGUUCCUGAAAGGACCAUGGGGAAUA